UCACGGUGUGGAGGACAGCAGGAAGUCAGCUCAGUUGUUGUACAAUGCUCUGAUGUUCAUAGUAUUUCUGCUUUAAUUCACGCUUUUAACCGGCACCAUGAGCACCGGAGUGUGCCUCAGACUCCUCCAGACAGCCGGCUCUCCUUCCGCUGCCUCCUGCCGCAGAUGGAGCCUGAUCUCCGGCUGCAGAGGGAUGUCUUCUGCGGGCAGAGGCUCCAUGAAUGUGUUCAACAGGGAGAUGAAGAGGAGGCAGAAGAACUGGGCAGCUUCUCUGCAGGAAGGAAACCAGUACGACUAUCUGAGGGACGAGAUUGGCAGUCGAGUGGCUGAUCGAGUGUACGACAUUGCGAGGACGUUUCCUCUGGCUCUGGACAUCGGCGGUGGAAAAAGUCACAUUGCAGAACAUCUAAACAAGGAGUUUGUGGAGCGUUUGUUCCUGACAGACAUCUCAGAGAAAGCUCUGAAACAGAGACGACAGACUGAGAUCCCGACUCAUCACGUUCUCGCUGACGAGGAGUUUCUGCCCUUUAAAGAGAACACCUUCGACCUGGUGUUGAGCAGCCUGAGUCUGCACUGGAUCAACGACCUGCCUGGAGCUCUCAGACAGAUCCAUCAGGUGCUGAAGCCGGACGGGGUGUUCAUCGGGGCGAUGGUGGGGGGGGAGACGCUGUUCGAGCUGCGCUGCUCCCUCCAGCUGGGGGAGACGGAGAGGGAGGGAGGGUUCUCCCCCCACGUCUCCCCCUACACCGCCGUCACUGACCUGGGGAACCUGCUGGGUCAGGCCGGAUUCACCAUGCUCACUGUGGACAUCGAUGAAGUUCAGAUUCAUUAUCCAGGAAUCAUUGAAGUCAUGACCGACCUACAAGGUAUGGGUGAGAGUAACUGUGCGUGGAACAGGCGGUCGAUGUUGAACAGAGACUCAAUACUAGCAGCAGCAGCUAUUUAUAAAGAGAUGUACGGCAGCGAGGACGGGUCGGUGCCGGCCACCUUCGAGAUCCUCUACAUGAUCGGCUGGAAGCCUCACGAGUCUCAGGCCAAACCAGCGAAGCGAGGCUCGGCCAACGUGUCGUUCGCGGAUCUGUCAAAGAUCGGCCAGCCGUCCAACACCACCAAGUCCUAGAAGCAUCUGAGCUAAUUAACAACUGCAGAGUGUAAAUAAUAUAUUUUAUUUAAACAACUAUGUUUAGUUGCUAGGGUAGGCGAUGUGUUGUACUAUAAUUGUCUGGAUUAAAGAACAGCAUUUCCUCUCGCCGGAAAAUGUACUUUGAGAAAACCAGAAGCAGUAACGUGUUGAUGUUUCAAAUACCAGUUUACGUAAUGAGGGUAGAGCAGAUGGGAGUUCACGCAGGGACAACAAUACAAAUAAAAGAUA